AGAGAACCUUUCAUAUCCAUCUGCAGCUCUGCUUGGCCCUGGCCUCAGUGAAUUUACCACUAUCAUAAUCACAGUGUGCAGAGUGUGUUAAAUUAAGAACAGAAUCUACAGUACGCAAUGCACAGAAAAGCCUGCCUUCUGCUGCAGAGAACUUGAAACUGUGCCUAAAAUUUAUAGUACCGUAAACAUCUCAGGGCCUCGAGUGAUAAGUAUGGCUGGAUUUCCGUUAGCUAUAGAAAUCCAGGCAGGGAGAUCCUCCUAGGGAGUUGCGAGUUCUAAGAUGAACUUCUUGAAGAUUGGUCCCAGAUUUGUACAUGGGUUACACGUACAGCGGACAGUUGUAAGUAGGCACAUGGACAUGAAAAAGGGGACGUAUUUCUACAGACCACUGAGUGGUAACAAUGGAAGGGAGGGAAAAUAUUUGAUAUAAUCAAAACAUUCUAGUCUGGAUACCUGCUUUUUACAGUAAAUGUUGCUGCAUGAAUAAACAUACAGGUGCUUAUAGGAGGAAUGGAAAUAGAUGGCUUUCUAAUUUUAGAGUUAGGCUAGAACUGAGGAGCUGCUGAAUCCAGGUACUCUGAUAAGGCAGGGAUUUCUUCUCUAUUAGCAGCACUUGCUGUUUGAAAUAUGUUUUUAAUGCUCAUUAAGCUGCAUACUAAAGGGACAGAGGCAAAAAUGGGGGAUUCAGAGGUACGAUGUGGCUCUCUUAACUAAAUAGCAGCCAACGCUAAGGAUGCCUCCAUUUGUUAAAAAGUAAUCAAGCAAUUGCCUACUUUCUGCUAUGCACUAGACAGUGACAGUGACCUCAGACCUCAGGCCUCCCAAGCCAGACUGGCAGGAGGGUGGUGGCGGGGAAGAUGUGAGGGAAGACUUCUACAGGAAGUGUUGUUCAGUCUGAAAACUUAUUAAAGUCAGCCACUAAAGGUGCCAUGUUAGGGGUGGUUAGGACUAUUCUAGGCAGAAAGAACAGCAGGUGUCACUGCCUACAGGUAAGAGAAAGGGUGGGAUUCUUAAGACCUUAAGGAAACAUGGUAUAACUGGACCACAGAGAAUAAGAGGACAGGGUGAGAGCUGGUGUUGAUGGCAGGAACAUCAUAUGCGGAGCCCAAAGUCCUGGGGGAUGUCUGUUGGAGAUUAAGAGCAAUAGGAAGGCAGUAAGGGACUUUUAAGAAGGAGUGGCAUGAUCAGAUCUACCUUUGGGAACGAUUCCUUUAGCUGCUUAAUGGAGAAAUGAUUGGAGAGGGGCCUGAGUCUGUGUCACAGAGGCAAAGUAAAGAAAAGGCUGCUCCAGUGGCCCAGAGAAGAGUGACGGGGGAGGAAGCCGGCUGUGACAAGGAAAGAGGAGGCUGGCUCAGUGAGUCCCACCCACACAGACCUACACAGCAGGGCACAGCCAGGAAGACGCUGCACUUCGAGAUUUCCAAGGAAGGCAGUGACCUGUCGGUGGUGGAGCGUGCAGAAAUCUGGCUCUUCCUAAAAGUCCCCAAGGCCAACAGGACCAGGACCAAAGUCACCAUCCGCCUCUUCCAGCAGCAGAAGCACCCGCAGGGCAGCUUGGAUGCAGGGGAGGAGGCCGAGGAAGUGGGCUUAAAGGGGGAGAGGAGUGAACUGUUGCUCUCUGAAAAGGUGGUGGAUGCUCGGAAGAGCACCUGGCACGUCUUCCCUGUCUCCAGCAGCAUCCAGAGGUUGCUGGACCAGGGCAGGAGCUCCCUGGACGUUCGGAUUGCCUGCGAGCAGUGCCAGGAGAGCGGCGCCAGCCUGGUGCUCUUGGGCAAGAAGAAGAAGAAGGAGGAGGAGGGGGAAGGGAAGAAGAAGGACGGAGGUGAAGGAGGGGCGGGAGCAGAGGAGGAGAAGGAGCAGUCGCACAGACCUUUCCUCAUGCUGCAGGCCCGGCAGUCCGAAGACCACCCUCAUCGCCGGCGCCGGCGGGGCUUGGAGUGUGACGGCAAGGUCAACAUCUGCUGUAAGAAACAGUUCUUUGUUAGUUUCAAGGACAUCGGCUGGAAUGACUGGAUCAUCGCUCCCUCUGGCUAUCACGCCAACUACUGCGAGGGUGAGUGCCCGAGCCACAUCGCAGGCACGUCUGGGUCCUCGCUGUCCUUCCACUCGACGGUCAUCAACCACUACCGCAUGCGGGGUCACAGCCCCUUUGCCAACCUCAAAUCGUGCUGUGUGCCCACCAAGCUGAGACCCAUGUCCAUGUUGUACUAUGAUGAUGGUCAAAACAUCAUCAAAAAGGACAUUCAGAACAUGAUUGUGGAGGAGUGCGGGUGCUCAUAGAGUCGCCCGGCCCAGGGGGAAAGGGAACUAGAGUUGUCCAGAGAAGACAGUGGCAAGAUGAAGAAAUUUUUAAGGUUUCUGAGUUAAACAACCAGAAAAAUAGAAAUUUAAAACAAACAAAAACAAAAACAAAAAACGAAAAACAAAACCUGAUGAAGCAGAUGAAGGAAGAUGUGGAAAAAAAUCCUUAGCCAGGGCUCAGACGUGAAGCAGGGAAGGAGACAGGAAUUGGGGGGCGGGGAAAGGGAGAGUGUACCCUUCAUUUCUUCCGAAAUCAAACUGAUGACGUCAGUUGUUUAAACGGGGUAUUGCCCCUCCCACCUCGCGGUUCCCUUGUGAGCCUUGAAUCAACUUGUCUAGUCUGCAGGAGUGUGGACUAGCACAACCCAAAUAGCAUCCUGAAAGCCAUGAGUUUGAAAGGGCCCAUACAGGCACUUCCCCACCCAGUUACCCAGGUCAUAAGGUAUGUCUGCGUGACACUAUCUCUGUGUAUAUCGGAACACACACAUACACACACAGGCGUUUCCACAAACCACACACAUACACAUACUGGCAAAAGAACAGUAGUGCGCAGGUGGUCACACUUUCUUUUUCUGCACCACUUUCGCAACAAGACAACAAAACAAAACAAAAAUCCAACAUAAAAAAUUGAGAACAAGAAUGGGAAGAGUGAAAGAUCAAGGAAAAAAGAAUACCAAGUUACAUUUCGUUAAGGUGCUUAUGAUCUUAGAACUAUGCAACCUAAUAGGUUUGAAACUGUUUACCUGAGAGAGAACAAAAAGAGAGACUUUUUUGUAUCGGAAGUAAUCUGAUUAAUUUUUAUUUUCUUCAAGGAGAGAUACUUGAAAGGAAUAUGUUUGUCCAUCUGUUGGAUCCAAACAUUUCUAUAUUUUGUAAAUGUUGUUGUUGUUUUUUUUUUUUAUCGUUUACUAUUUGCACUACAAUGGUGUUUGACCUGUCUAAUCCUUAUUUAACAAGUAUUUUCUUUGGGUGGGGGUGGGGGUGGGGUUUAAGAGCUGCACUUAAUGUGAGCUAUAAAAGAACUGCUACAGCACACAAAAUAGCUAUUUUUAUUAUUAUAAUUAUAAUUAUUAUUAUUAUUUUGUACCUUAAAAAUAGACACAUACACCAAAGACAUUUGUGUGAGCCUUUAAACAGUCUGUCUGUGGUUGGUAUCAUUCACCAUCAUUGAGUCAGGGGUUGGGAUGAAGGUUGAAUAGGGUGGAUUGUGUUCAGGCUUAAAAGACCUGAGAAGUUUGGUUUUUGACUCCUUUUACAUCCGUGAAACAGGACAUUUCAUACUGGAUGUACAGUAGUUGUACACUGUUCGAUAUCAAGUUCAAUCAGAUUCAUGAAACUACAUGCUUGUAUGUGUAUAUAUACAUUGCUUGUGCAUAUGCAUAUCUGUGUGUAUAUAUACAUGUAUUGUACCAUGUCCAUACACAUUUUAAGCACUUCAGGCUGUCAUUUUUUAAUGUUCUUAAAGCAAUGAAUGUUUGUGUGCAAAACACAGUAUUUUUAAGAAGGAUAGGCUAUAGUUUUUGCUUUUACUCUGAACUCGGUGGGCACAUUUCAAAAAUCUGGAUGGGAUAAAGCCUGGAAAUUCCAGUGAAUAUUCAGCAAGGCCCUCACUAAACGUACAGGGAUCAAAUUCCCUCCUCUUUCUUGCCCCCCACCCCACUUCUACAAGUUAUCCCCUGUGGGGAAAACAGGAUGUUAAUCAAAACUCUGAUUAAUUCUGAUUUUUUUUCAACUUAUAUUUAUUGUCUAUUGGAAUCAAUCUUACAUCAGAAGCUUUUUUGGAAAAAAAAUAAUCUUUAGGCCAGAAUGAAAGAGGUGAGGGUAUUUUUUUUUUUUUAAUGAUUCAGGCCUGGUUGUGAGAAAUAUUACUGUACCCACUGGGUUUGAUAAUGUUCUUGUCACUAGUUAAAAGAUACAUGAUUUGGGGGAAGGUAUUAAGAGAGUGAGAGUAGGAAGAGAACAAUUACAAGGAGGCAGGGACGAGGGCAGUAGCAAAAAUCUCUAAUAUCUUAAUUGAUAGCCAAAACUCUUGAUGUAUGAGUUUGCGUGUAUUGAUUUGGAUGCAAAAAGGAAAAAAAAAAACAACUUUGUUUUAUAAAUAUCAAAAUACAUGCUUAAAGCUAAGUGUCUAUCUAAUUUAUUCUAGUAUUUAGCUUGCCUAGAAUAGCUAAUAAGUUAUUCGUUUGUGUUUUUAAAAAUACAGAGCCUUAUUUUCACUGACUUGUUUGAAGUUUGCAGAACUUUUUGAAAAUUGAAAAAAAUUCUAAGAAUUGGGAAAAAUCACAUUCAUUCAUAUUUUGUAAACUGUGGAAGCUGUUGGCUCUUCAGUUCGUAGAUUUUUAAGAAAUCCACUAUAGGAAAAUAAAAUAUCAAUGAGAAACCAAACAUUAUAAAAGGUGGUUUACCUUUUCUUGAAAAAUAUGUUAAGUCAGUAGACUACAACACUGGGCUGUAUGCAGGCAAAUUACUUUAAUGUCAUUACUGGGCAGAUGCACUUGGUAUGUUCUAGAGACCCUCCCUUUUUUAUGCAGGAAAUACAACAGGUACUGGGGGAGAAGCUUGAGAGUGGUUCUCAGGAAGGUCCGUUGACCUUGGAUAACAUGCAUGGGAAGGUGGGUAUGGGAGGGAAGUUUUAGGGGAAAGUAGACAGCCAUGUUCAACUGAACAAAUGUUCAUGGAAAACUUUGAGGGCCUUUUGAACUGCAUCGUCUUUGGUACUGGAACUAAUCUUGGAAUAAUCUACAGAAAUAGUGUGAGGAAAUAAGUCCUAGUUCACUGUGCAGUAGCAGAGCGGAUUGAGGCCAUGGGAAAAAAAUUACAAAGACAGAUGAUAGCCAUGUGUAGUCUCAUUCAUCUCAAAUAAAUCUGCCAUCUUUUUAAGCUCUUUAUGUCCUAGACAUAAUGGGGAUAAUAUGGGGUUUGAUUAGUGGCCAGAGUAAUUAAAAGCAGAGAAAUGAAAUUCCGUAUAAUAUUUUAAUUGGAUAUUAAAUGAUUGGGUUAUCAUACACCCACAAACUUUAAUUUUGUUUCAUUAGAUUUAUGUGGCCUUAAAAUAGAAUUAUAAAUUGCUACCAUCUAUAGUAAUGUUGAAAGAUAUUAUUUUACCAUCUUUAAUAAUUUUGGAAAAUACAAGCCCUGUGAACAACCACUCAUUGACAUAGCAGGACAAGACCAAAAGAAAAAGCUUUUAAAUUCUACCAUAUAGGGUUCUUCCUAAUAUGAUUUUCCUGAAAUGGGGGUGACUCUGAUCUUACUGUCUCUUCCCCUCUUUCUCAAGGCUAAUCUCUAGGCUCUGAAAAAUAUGCCCAUACCAAUAAUAGAAGCUCUGAAAGGCAUUUGUCUUCGAGUAUAUUUUAAGAGUAAUAAAUACUUUAUAGACCGCAUUGACAUUUUUUAUUUUUUUUCCAAAAAAUUAAGGUGAAUUCCAGCACACUGAGUUGGUAUUUUCUUGUCCCGGAAGACCAGCCAACUUCAUAUUUAUUUAAGAUUGAUUCCACACUCCAUUUUCAAGGAGAGUUUCUGCAUUCUCCUCAAAGGUAGAACAAGUACAUUUUUUUUUUUUUUACCCUUGUGGGAUUGAACUUUAAGAGGUGACUCUAAAAAACAGAGAACAAAUAUGCCUCAAUUGUAUUAAGCAUAGAUCCAAAUUAUCAUGUUCACUUAAAAAAUGAUUUCCUGUGGGCCUUUUGGCAACUUCCCUUUUCAAUGUAGAGAAAAACUUAGUCACCCUGAAAACCUACAGAAUAAAUGAAACUUGUAGAUGUGGGCAGAAGGUUUGGGGGUGGACAUUGUAUGUGUUUAAAUUAAACCCUGUAUCACUGAGAAGCUGUUGUAUGGGUCAGAGAAAAUGAAUGCUUAGAAGCUGUUCACAUCUUCAAGAGCAGAAGCAAACCACAUGUCUCAGCUAUAUUAUUAUUUAUUUUUUAUGCAUAAAGUGAAUCAUUUCUUCUGUAUUAAUUUCCAAUGGGUUUUACCCUCUAUUUAAAUGCUUUGAAAAACAGUGCAUUGACAAUGGGUUGAUAUUUUUCUUUAAAAGAAAAAUAUAAUUAUGAAAGCCAAGAUAAUCUGAAGCCUGUUUUGUUUUAAAACUUUUUAUGUUCUGUGGUUGAUGUUGUUUGUUUGUUUGUUUUUAUUUUUAUUUUGUUUUGUUUUUUUGCAUACUACAUGCAGUUCUUUAACCAAUGUCUUUUUGGCUAAUGUAAUUAAAGUUGUUAAUUUAUAUGAGUGCAUUUCAACUAUGUCAAUGGUUUCUUAAUAUUUAUUGUGUAGAAGUACUGGUAAUUUUUUUUAUUUACAAUAUGUUUAAAGAGAUAACAGUUUGAUAUGUUUUCAUGUGUUUAUAGCAGAAGUUAUUUAUUUCUAUGGCAUUCCAGCGGAUAUUUUGGUGUUUGCGAGGCAUGCAGUCAAUAUUUUGUACAGUUAGUGGACAGUAUUCAGCAACGCCUGAUAGCUUCUUUGGCCUUAUGUUAAAUAAAAAGACCUGUUUGGGAUGUA